AAGUCGAUCUAGUAUUGGAAGGUGUGCCUCCAUUAAGUAUUCAGUAUGAGCGACAAGUGAACGAUGCUGCGGUAAACAUGACAAUAGACGGAAUUAGCUCAAAUUAUUAUACAUCACCACCGAUUCAAUCAGAUCAAGCCAUGAUCUUAGCAGCGUCCAACGAUUACCAAUGGGCUCGAGAUCAGGUUAUUCACGUACCAUUAAACAUUACUGCUGACGUUGUCGCGGAUUAUUCCUUGAAAGUUCGUCAGAUUCAGGAUGUUCUGAAUAAUACGCGUUUUUAUGAUAAUGAGAAAUCCUUAAAUGCAAUGAUAAAUUUUUCGGUAUACUCGCGACCCACUGCAUGCUUCUUUUCGGAUUCUCCUGUUCACAUUCGUCCCGGUCGAAUUGCAAAUAUUGCGAUAGACGUAAGAGGCAAAGGACCUUGGAAGAUUAAUGUAGAAUAUUGGUCUGAAGAGGCUACGGAAGGAAAACCAAGUGAAAUAUUCGAGGUCACAGUUGAUCUUCAAAGUGAGAAUGGUAGAUAUAUGAGUAUCAGUAGGCCUGGAAUCUACAAGUUAUUAUCUGUUUCAGACUCUAAAUGUGCUGGUCAGAUUCUGGCACCUUCAUCAAAAUCAUUGUCCAUUGCUCAUCCGCCAACCGUCAAAAUGGAAGCCAAUCCCAUACCUGCAGAAAAUUGCCCUGGAGAAAUUGGUGUUGAAAUAAUUAUAUCACUAACAGGAAUUCCUCCAUGGCAUAUUGAAUAUAAAUUGGUUAGUCGUAAUGGAGAGAAACGUGAUUUCGCGAAAAUAGAAAAGUCAAGGCAUUCGUUGGUUAUAAAGCCCGAAAAAUCGGGAAACUAUGAGUACAUAUUUUAUCGCCUGUCUGAUUACAUCUAUACUGAAGGUGUCAGUAUAGAUCAUAGGUUUACACAGACUGUUCAUCCUAUGCCUCACGCCAUAUUUCGAGGAGUGAAAAAUCCAAUAUUGAACAGUUGUGUCGGAAGUCGCGUCGACUUAGAGGUCGAUUUUUCUGGGACGGGACCGUUCACAUUGAUAUAUGACGUGGUCUUUAAUCGAAGAACCAAUGCAUUCACAAUUGCUGACAUUCAAGGGCCCAGUCAUGUUAUUACUUCGCCACCUUUUGACAAUCAAGGAUUAUAUACUGUAACGUUAGUGAAGAUUUUGGAUUCGAAAGGGUGUAGUCGGAUACUCAGUUCAUCCGAUUAUUUUACCAUAAAUGUCAAAAAAGACAAGCCUACAGCUGGAUUUAGAUCUGCACAUGAAGUAAUCUCAUUUCUUGAGGGCAAGUCUGUUAAAUUGCCCUUGCAGUUGACUGGUCAUGCUCCUUGGAACAUCACUUAUCGUUAUAUUGGAGAUGAUAAAGUUCGACAUGUGCAUGACUUACAAAAUCCUAAUUCUUACUUGGUUGAAGAAAAACCUGGCCGUUACGAGUUAUUGGAAGUUAAAGAUUCAUUUUGUCAUGGAUUGAUAAUCCCUGAGCUAAAGGAAAUCGAGGCUAGAUGGUAUCCUCGACCAUCAUUGAGAAUAGCCGACGGUGAAGCGGAACUAUUACCGCAAAAAGGAUAUCGUAGAAGGCACGUCUGUGAGGGAAUUGAAGACACCAUCGGUUUAAUUUUGGAAGGUCGAGCGCCUUGGUCGAUCUAUUAUACUAUAGUUACAAGUAACGAACAAACGUCACAUCAACAAAGAAUUGGCUUUCCUACCACCAGAAUACGGCUUAUGACCGAGAAGCCUGGUCGAUAUCUUUACAACUUUUCUAGUAUAGCAGAUGAUGUCUAUACUGAUCCUAGUCCUGUCACCCUUACGCUCGAGCAGGCAGUCGUGGAGAAACCAGCUGCCCAAUUUUUGACUUCAGAUAUAAUUUAUCACUGUGUCGGAAAUUCUUUUAUUGAUCCUAUUGAUAUCAAGAUAAAUGGCGUUCCUCCCUUUGUUCUACAAUUCGAAAUCACUCAUGAAAGCAGCAAUCAGAUAGAUACCUUGAAGAUUGAAAACAUUUACGAUACACAUUAUCAUUUUUACCCUCAAAAUAAAUUCACCAUUAUUGGAAAAUAUGUAAUCUCAAUAGUUCACAUUAUGGAUUCUCAGGGUUGUAGUAAUAGCAUGAUGCAGGAUAAGUCUAGUAAACUAAUUAUUCAAGUUACGGAUGUUGCGUCCAUUGAAAGGGCAUUCACUCCACAAAUACAUUGCGUUGGUGAUCUAUUGGAUUAUUCUUUGCAAGGAAUAUCACCGUGGCAUAUUACUUACGAAUACAACGGGGAAAUGAAAUCGGCAAUUUCUAAAUUGCAUACUUUUACAUUUGGCGCCGAUAAACCUGGAAAUAUGACUCUUACUAGAAUUUGUCAUCAAAAAAAUCAAUGUUGUGGACGU